AUGGGUUUUCCGUCGAAGGCCCCCAAAAUGCUGGCGCUGGCCGGCUCUCUCGUCAUCUGCUUCUUGGUUUCCGUCGCCGCGGCGGGGAACUUCUACCAGAACUUCGACAUUACCUGGGGCGAUGGCAGAGGGAAGGUCCUCAACGGCGGCCAGAUGCUCACCCUCUCGCUCGACAGGACCUCCGGCUCCGGCUUCCAGUCCCGGAACGAGUACCUCUUCGGGAAGAUCGAUAUGCAGCUCAAGCUCGUCCCCGGAAACUCCGCUGGCACCGUCACCGCCUAUUAUGUGAGUGCCCCCACCCAUUCCCUACGCCUUCUUCCCCAUUCAGAACCCGUCUCCUCGCUUUCUUGGGUCUGACCGGAGGCGCGGUUUUUUUGUGGUGAGCAGCUAUCGUCGCAGGGCCCCACCCACGACGAGAUCGACUUCGAGUUCCUGGGGAACCUCAGCGGAGACCCCUACACACUCCACACCAACGUCUUCUCGCAGGGGAAGGGGAACCGGGAGCAGCAGUUCAAGCUCUGGUUCGACCCCACCAAAGACUUCCAUACAUACUCUAUCCUGUGGAACCCCCAGCAUAUCAUGUAAGCUAAGGGUGGACAUUACUCUCUCUCCUGAUCUCGACCUUAUCUCCGAAUCGUCAGACUCUAAUGGCUUCUAUUCCGAUCUCCUCUCUGCAGCUUCUCCGUUGACGGCACUCCCAUCAGAGACUUCAGGAACAACGAGGCAAAGGGCGUCCCCUUCCCCAAGAACCAGCCCAUGAGGAUCUACUCCAGCCUCUGGAACGCCGACAACUGGGCAACGAGGGGCGGCCUAGUGAAGACCGACUGGUCCAAGGCGCCAUUCGUCGCCUCCUACAGUAACUUCAACGCCAACGCCUGCGUCAUGUCGAUGGGCGCCUCCAGCUGCGAAGCUAAGAAUGGCACUCCCGCCGGCAGCUCCUGGAUGACCCAGGAGCUGGACGCCACGAGCCAGGAGAGGAUGAGAUGGGUGCAGAAGAACUACAUGAUCUACAACUACUGCACCGACGCCAAUCGGUUUCCGCAGGGGUUCCCUCCCGAGUGCUCCAUUGCUUAG